UACAAGCUCUUGGACUCUCCAUGGUUUACGGAAUAUAGAAGUUAUAUCCGCCGGCGCAUGGUCGGCCCUUUAACGGAGGUUGGGCCCGCCCACGUUUUUAGCCUCAGUUCGACCUUCCUUCAGUGGGGGGCAUUGUGUGGCUGACGACGGUGUACACGGGGUUUUGGCCCUUCAAUUGCACUCGGGUGCGCUCGUUCUGCUGUAUGACGGCCGCGGAGCGCGGAAGAUAUUUGAGAGAAUGUUAGAAGAGGACCAUUUUAUCAGGUUAAUAGGCCUGGUUCAGAAGAGGAGGGAUGAGGGUGGAAGGCUCUGGCGGUCACUUGAAGAAUUGCUUUACGAGGUGUCUCGGAUACAGCUCUUGAGACGUAGGGACUUGGGUAGAAUUUCCAGUUAGCUAUUUGGCAGCUAGGAGCUUCGAACGCCACUGACUCUGCAAUAGGAGUGAUUGAUGAAGAAUUGAUAGCGUAUGGUUUUUGGGUUGGUUGGGGGGAUCCUGAGGAUCCUAAUGACCCAUAUCGUUACCUGAUAAUCAGGAUUUUGGUAUGAUACAUAUAUCCCCUCAAGGGUUGGCAAACACUGCGCUCGGACUGACACUUUGCUAGCUUACAGUACAUGUUUAUCAGCCCAUGCACCUACUUCAACUCAUGUAGGCCCACCGGCCCCUCUAACGAAUCAAGUUGUGAAAACUUUUUGUUCUCAUCGUUCUACAUUCAAGACUUUUGGUGAGAAUAUCAUCCUUCUCCCUAACUGGGAGAGAGAGUCGCGUAGCUUAAUGGGAACUAUAGCUUGACAGAGGCUAAAGAUAUAGGGGUACCGCAGGUGAAACUUGCUUGCAAUCGUUAAUAAAUCCGGAAACCUCUCCACCUCCUCUUCACCACGAUUGCAACAUAUGAAUACAAUUACAAAAAUGACCUGCGGGUUUUGAUGGAGGUCAUGAUCCGCAACCUCUUAGCCCUUCCGGACAGGUCUGAGCCGGUAACGGUUCCCUCCUAUCUGAGCCCGCUCUCAGACAGGGUAUACUAAUAUGGCGAAAAACCAGCUCCGACACCUACCUCCGCGUCCGAUACCCACUCCUAGAACACACCCAACUCCACCACCGGCCACACUACAAGUGUGGACAAGUCCUCAAACUCCGGGAAUGUUUGAGCGGCGUGCGAAGCAACUACUUCCAACUAGGCGACCAAACAACCAUCUGUCUCGUCUCGCCCUGAGGAAAUGUCCCAUGGAUUUGAUCAGUGCCUGGAGAGAACAUGGAAAUAGAGAAUCUAGCGCACAGGUCCCUAGGAUUAAGUCUAGCAUAUCAGGGUCAGAGCUCUAUCGGUUUGAUGGAGGUGGCCUCCAAAGUAGAGAAUCUGGGAGUCAUCAAUCCGUCCCGGAGAUUGAGCACUGGGGGAACUGAUUUAGAUGGC